AUUAUAUAUUAUCAUGAGUUGAAUUAUAAGGUCGCACGAUUCAACCAUUUUACUAACAAGUUUUUGAUACUUUAAACAUUAAUUAAUAAAAGACAUUUCAUUUCUCGACUUUGGUUUCUUUGUCAAGAUUUGCUAAAAAAUUAAAAGGCCAGCCGUUUAAUUUAUUUAUUUACAAAAUUACAACAUAGAAAAAAGGUCGUUCAUCUGGAGUCUAGACAGACAAAACGGUACACAGAGAGAAAAAGAAAAGGAAUUUCCUAUCCAAUUCCAUAUUCAUGGUUUCUUUUCUACAGUAUUCGGUUCUUAAAGAUGCUGCUGGGGUUGCUGGUAACAUCUUUGCUUUUGGGCUUUUUGUGUCCCCAAUACCAACAUUCAGGAGAAUAAUCAGAAAUGGGUCAACAGAAGAGUUUUCAGGAUUGCCAUAUAUAUACACUCUCCUCAAUUGUUUGAUAUGUGCCUGGUAUGGAUCACCCUUUGUGUCAGUUGACAAUAUAUUGAUUACAACAGUCAAUUCAAUUGGUGCUAUCUUCCAGUUAGUCUACUUGUUCCUCUUCAUUUCAUAUGCAGAGCGUGAGAGAAAGUUCAAGAUGAUGGGUUUGCUAGCUGGGGUGUUUGUUCUAUUUGCGGUUUUAGUUUUCAUGAGCUUAAACCUCUUUGACUUCAGUUCAAGGCAAAAAUUUAUCGGGUUUUUGAGUUGCGCUUCUCUCAUUUCGAUGUUUGCCUCGCCACUCUUUAUAAUCAGAUUGGUUAUAAGGACAAAAAGCGUCGAAUACAUGCCCUUUUACCUCUCGUUGUCUUCCUUCUUGAUGAGUAUGUCUUUCUUUGCAUACGGGAUGUUUAACUGGGAUGCAUUCAUUUAUGUUCCAAAUGGGAUAGGGAUGCUCCUCGGAAUCACACAAUUGGGAUUGUAUACUUAUUAUAGUAAGAAAGCAAGUGAAGCUCAUGAACCUUUGAUUGUUUCUUAUUCAUAACAUUUUUAGCCAAAAUUCACCAGGUACAUUUAAAUUUUCAUCCAUCUCUUCGAUUUUCCGAAUAUAAUUCAGCAUAGUGAGAUGGAUGAGUUUACGGUGUGUAAGCGCAAUUCUUCGCCAUGGCUGCCGACAGAAAUUGUAAGAUUGGCAAGCCUAGCCAUGUAUUUUUCGCAAUUCUUUUUCACAAGUGAUGAGUGACGUUAGUUGAUUCGUCAAAUUAUACAAGUAUACACCCAAUGAACAGCAGAUAAUUGUUUUUUCUAUUGUAAUUCUAUUUGAAACGAUGUUCAGACAAGUUUUAUUCAUUUUGUGAAAAUGUUAAUGUGUA